AAUUAAGAUACCAAAAUGAAAAUUUAGACGGGAAAAAUCGGAACAUGACCGACUGAAGUUUCAUUCUCUUUCAAAUCUGCCAUUUCGGAUUUCUUCCCCUUACGGCUUUCGUUCCUCUGUUCAAUUCAGUUUCUCCAUGUUCCCCGCUCUCACUCUUCAACAGCUCCUUCGUGUAUAGAUUUAUCUUAUUAUUUUUUAAUAGUAAUUUAUUUGUUUACUCAAAGCCAGAUUUUGACCUCGAUCCAAUAAAAACACAAAAGGGUUUUGUGAUUUAACAGAAGCCCAGUUUCGCGUUUAUUAUUUAGAUGUAACAGUAAUUUUCAUCAAUUUUGUGGCCUAACUUAUGAUGCCACUGACCCCUUGUUUCGAAUUCACUGGUCAGCAAGUGAUAAGUUGCAUUUUUCUGGAACAGAGAUAUUAGAAUGAAAUCGAAAAUAAAAUGGGCAGCCCUUGGAGGACUAGUGUUGUCAUUUAUGUCUCUGUUGGUGCAUUUAUUUCUUGCCAAGUCAAGCGCUGAUCUAGUACAGUACAGUGCAAUCAAGGCUUUCAGUGAAGACUUGCAACAUGCAAACAGUGCUGGCGUAAAGGGUGCUGGAUCUAGGAAGCUGUGGGGCAAGGUGAAGGCUCUAGAACCUCUGCAGCCAUAUGCGAAACCAAGAAGCUCAUUUCCUGUUCCAAAUGAGGAGAACAAUGGUUUCAUAUAUGCAAAAGUUUUUGGUGGCUUUGAAAAGAUUAGAACCUCGAUCUGUGAUCUGGUCACUGUAUCGCGGCUUUUGAAUGCUACCCUUGUUAUCCCGGACAUUCAAGAAAGCACUCGAUCAAAAGGCAUAAGUACCAAGUUCAAAAGUUUUUCAUAUCUCUAUAAUGAAGAGCAAUUCAUAUCAGCUCUAGCAAGUGAUGUCAUCAUUGUAAAAAGCUUACCUUCCAACCUGAAGGAGGCCAGGAAACGGAAACAAUAUCCCAUUUUCAAGCCUAAAAGUUCUGCUUCUCCAAGUUUUUAUGUUCAGGAAGUCUUACCAAAAUUAAAGAAAGCAAACGUCAUUGGCUUAGUACUUUCUGAUGGAGGCUGCUUACAGUCUGUCCUCCCCUCUAGCUUGGUUGAGUAUCAGAGGCUCAGAUGUCGGGUUGCAUUUCAUGCACUUCGUUUCCGCCCGGAGAUUGUUGCGCUUGGGCAUCUGAUGGUGGAAAGGUUAAGAGGUUCCGGUCAACCUUAUCUUGCUUAUCAUCCAGGGCUGAAGAGGGAUACCCUUGCAUAUCAUGGAUGUGCUGAACUUUUUCAGGAUGUGCACACAGAACUUAUACAAUAUCGGCGAGCACGGCUAAUUAAACAAGGAAUCAUCAAUGAAGAACUCCAUGUGGAUUCGCGCACUCGAAAAGGAAAUGGUUCGUGUCCACUUAUGCCGGAAGAGGUUGGACUUCUGCUUCGAGCUAUGGGUUACCCUCCUAGAACAAGAAUAUACUUGGCAGGUUCUGAAACCUUUGGGGGUCAAAGAGUUCUGAUUCCUUUACGUGCCAUGUACACCAACUUAGUGGAUCGUACUUCUUUGUGCAGUAAACAAGAGCUGGUCAAUGUGAUUGGCCCAGAAACUCCACUUCCUCUGGAUUCUUUCCAAUUUACAGCUGUCAAAACCCCAAAGCAACUAAAAGAAGAGUGGGACAAGGCUGGCCCUCGCCCCAGGCCUCUGCCUCCACCUCCUGGCCGACCUAUUUAUCAACAUGAGAAAGAAGGUUGGUAUGGAUGGAUUACCGAAAAGGAUUCAGAGCCGGAUCCUUCACCAAUUGAUUUAAGGGAGCAAGCACAUCGUUUGCUCUGGGAUGCUCUUGACUAUAUUGUCUCUGUUGAAGCUGAUGCUUUCUUUCCUGGUUUUGAUAAUGAUGGUAGUGGAUGGCCAGAUUUUUCAAGCUUGGUCAUGGGGAAUCGGCUAUAUGAGAUGGCAUCUGCUAGAACAUAUCGACCAAACAGGAGAUAUCUUGCUGAUCUCUUAAAUAGUACCACCGAUCAUCUGUACCAUCCCUUGCGCAACUGGACUCUCUCUGUACGGGAGCACCUCAACCGAAGCACAACAGAAGAUGGCAUUAUGCAGGAAUUUCAACUAUCAAGAUCAAAGUCUUUCCUUUCCCACCCGAUCCCGGAAUGCUCGUGUAUGACUGUCAAGACUGCUGAGAAUCUACAUCCCGGCAAGAGCAGUAAUCUCCACGUUCUCUUUGGAGGACGGAGUGAGUGCCCUAAAUGGAUGGUACAAGCAACAAAAACAGUUGGAACACAAGAGAGCACUGAUGAUGAGACUGAAACACAAGAAGAUGAAAUCGAUCUGGGACAGGACGAAUCAGAUGGUAGUGGAGAAGGUGACACAAUCCCAUCCAUGGAGCAGGAUGAGGAAAUGGAUCCCGAUGAUUAAAAUAGUAGCACAUAUAUCAUCCUAUGUUUUGAAGUUUACGGUCUUGUUGCUGCCAUCAAGUUGAAGCAUAAGCAUGACAGAUGAGUAAAUUUCGUUUGAGGUUAAUUUGUUGAGGCAGCUGUAGGAAGCUUCCAUACCGCUGCAUUGCGAAUUAUAUAGCAUCCGAGUUACUGGGAACGGGUUCCUCGUAGAUAGUCUAAAGUAUAUAUGUGUAACCCACCUUCCCUCGGCAUUUAGUGGUAGGGAUUACAGUUUAUCCCUCUUAAAAUCCCUCAUUCCCCGCCACCCUCUUUAUCAACAUAUAGAAGAAUGGAAAGGGGUCUUGUUUUGCCCCCCAUUUUGAAAGCUAUUUUGAAACGACUACACUUCAAAUGUUCAUUUGCUUGUUAUAUUUAUUCUUUGAUUUUAUUUGA